AUAGCUCAAAAGCACCACCAGCACCACUUAUUAUCAUUAGUUGUAAAACAACACUACAACACCAAAACAAAACUCAACUCUAACUCACAAUGAAAACUAUAGAUAUAUUCUGUGCUUCACAAGCUGCCAUCACCACCAUGAAUAAUUCCGACAUUGAUCACCACCAUCCUUCUUCCCCCAAUAAUAAUGGCGGCCGAGCAAUUGACCGCCACAACCCCAUCAUCCAAGACGAAAAACGACUCACAAAAACCUUACCAAUUAUCCCUCCUACUUCCAACACUCAUAACAACAAGAACAAAAACAAGACUAGACAACUUAAAGAAAAUAAGCAGGACCAAAAGUGCAAAAACAUCACAUUUGCGGACGAAAAUAGCGACCAACAAGUUAUUAUAAAUAAAAAUAGCCAUGUUGUAAAAAAACCAGGAAGUGUGUUGCUUGGAUGGGGAUGUACUAGGCCUGGUGAUUUUAUUAGUCCUGCGACUUCUUCGCGGUUUUUGUUGGCUGAUAAGGCUUUGUCUGAUCAGUUUGAUCCACUACUAGUGAAACAAGUUUCAAAUUCACCGGCUCUGCCCCAACCCCUGCCCCAAAAAAUAGAAAUAUAUGAUGGUGAAAAGUCUUUUAGGAAGAAAGAUGAUGGGAAUAUUCCAGCUACUUCUUCUCCUUCUCCAGUGAAAUCGCUCCCACGAUCUUCUUCCUCAAUAUCGUCUGAUCAACAGGUGGUUGUGUUGAGAGUGUCAUUGCACUGCAAAGGCUGUGAAAAGAAAAUGAGGAAACAUAUAUCUAAAAUGGAAGGAGUAACAUCUUUCAACAUAGACUUCAUGGCCAAGAAGGUAACAGUAGUCGGCAAUAUAACACCUCUAGCGGUACUAGCAAGCAUAUCAAAGGUCAAGAAUGCAAAGUUAUUGACACCGACAACGAUCUCAUCUUCAACGGUCCCUCAUAUGGACUCGAGUUUUUCCGAGAUCAAGAAACAAUUAGGACUUAUUGCAUGAAAUUUAUUAGGAGAUAGUGUAGGGUGGUCUUAAUCUUGGAUUAUUGUUUAUUAUUUGGUUCAUUUUCACUAUGUCGUGGACAUGAUUUGUGAUUUAGGUGAGGGUACACAACUUUUGGGUAUUUUGUGAUUAAAAAUAAGUAAAAUGAAUUGCAAUUGUCAUAAA